GCAUCCAGUCAAUAGCAAACAAUGAAGUUUCUGGCGUUGGUUUUAGUGACGCUGUUGGUAGCCCCAAGCCCAGUCAACAGCUGGGGUCUCUUUGAUAAUUUAGCCAAUGUUGUGAAGGGCACUGCCUCCGGUCUAGCAAGUGGCAUCGCAGGCGUAGGGAACUUUGCCGGAAAUGUGGUGGCCGGCACGGCAGGGGGCGUGGCUAGUGUGGCCAACGCCGCCGGCAAUGUUGUAGGCAACACGGUCACAGGUGUCGGCAACGUCAUCGGCAGUUUAUUUGGUGGUGGUGAAGGUUCCGGUUCCAUUGAGGUGAACCUUGAUCCAGGGGCCGUCAUUGAAGGUGCUGGAAACGUUAUCAAAGGCGGACUUGAAGCUGUGGGGAAUUUCGGCAUCUCCUUGGGUAAAGCUUUUGAAGGGAAAUUUAACUUCGAUGAUGCUUUGGGUAAAGCUAGAAACUACUGGUUAGAGGUGGGCGGAAGACUCAAAGGCAAGAUUGGAGGCGCGGCCAACUCUAUUGGUGAAAUCAUUCAAAAUGCGGGCGAGUUGGUUAGACCAACGUUUGAUAGGUCUGGGAAAAUUGUCGGGUAUAUAUCAGUCAAUGUUGAAGGCAAUUUAAACGUGGAUCUGUCAGCGCCCGUGUACUACAAGUUUGGAGAUUUGGUUGUAAGUCUAGGAGCUGCGGUGAACGGUGCUCGCAAUAAAGUCGUGGGUGUUUGGGAUAAGUUUGGCAACAAGCUUGAAGGCGUUGCUGAUAGUUUUUCAACGUCGCUUGCUAGAGCGGUAGAGGCUGCAGGGUCUUUGGCUGGUUCUGCUGUUCAAGGUGUGGGUAGUGCUGUCGGAGGGGCUGUAGCUACAGCAGGGCAACUUAUUGACUCGGCUAUAAAUAAUCUUGGCUUGACCUGGGACGAUGAGUUUGAUGGAAAAUUUGAUUUUGGCGACGCACUUGGCAAGUCGUGGAGAUUCUGGAAUGACUUGAAAGUAAAAUUCGCUGGAAAAGGUAAAAGAGUGGCGAAUGCAAUUGGAGAUAUCAUCAGCUCAGUUGGUGAAGCAGUAAGACCAACAUUUGAUAGAUUAGGCAACAUUGCGGGGUACGUGUCCAUCAAAGUAGACGGAAAUUGGGACCAAUCAAAACCUGUGUAUUACAGAUUCGGAAACUUGAUCAUCAGUUUGGGAAGUUCUGUCGGUGGAGGCUGGAAUAACAUACUUGGUGUUUGGGACCGAUUUGGUUAUGAAGUCGAAGGAGGCGUUGAUGAUUUGACGUACGCUCUUACAAAAGCUUUUAACGCGGCUGAAAACGUUGUUGGGAAUCUUGGCCUAGCUGUAGGCGAAGCUGUGGGAGCCGCAGGUAAUGCUGCACUGAAUAUUGGAGGUGCUCUCGGAAAUUUGGCCGGAAACGUGAUUGGUGGAGCGGUGGAGGGUGUAGCUGGUCUGCUGAAUGGUGGAGCUAAAGCUGCUGCUUAUAUCGGCGACACACUGAGAAGUAGAUUUGGAUUUAGAUUUGAUCCUUCCAACACGUUUUUGAAGUUUGAUCUCGGAGAUGCCAUCGGAAGAUCUUGGAAUUCAUGGGGAGAUUUGAAAGGCAAGUUGAAGGGGAAAGUUGGUGGAGGGGCCAGUGCACUUGGGGAAUUGAUCGGGAAAGUAGGAGCGGCAGUUAAACCAAACUUUGACUUCAAUGGAAACAUUGUAGGCUUUGCUUCAAUCAAUUUGGGAGCUGGAUUUAAUGACUUAACAAAACCAGCGUACUUCAAGUUUGGCAACUUCAUCGUUAACUUGGGUGGAUCGACAACGGGAGUUCGCAACAAAAUUAUUGGACUUUGGGACCACAACGGAAUCAAAUUAGAAGGCGCUAUUGACAAGUUUGUGAACUUUUUGACUGGGGCUUUUGAUGCUGCUGGUGAGUUAGCGGCAGAUACAGCAAACAACUUCGGGGCUAUCAUUCAAGGCCUGGGCAAUGCACUCGGUGGAGCUGUCAAUGUCGCCGGAAAUUUAGUUGGAGGAGCGCUUGAUGCGGCUGGAAACCUCGCAGGGAAUGUUGUAUCAAAUGUUGGUGGUGCUCUAGGUGGUGCAGUCAAUGUCGCCGGCGAUGUCCUCGGAUCUCUGUUUAAUAAUUUGUAUUACAAAAUCGAUUAUCCAUUUAAAGGCAGAUUUGAAUUUAGUGACGCUCUUAAAACGUCUUGGAACUUCUGGGGCGAUUUGAAAAACAGGUUCAAUGGAAAAGUCGGAGGAGCGGUUAAUGCAAUUGGAGAACUUAUACAUAACGCUGGGCAACUAGUUAGGCCAACGUUUGAUGGUUUAGGAAAUAUCAAGGGUUACGUGUCCAUCCGCGCCGAAGGUCUUGAUCUAACCAAGCCCUUGUAUUACAAAUUUGGAAACUUGAUUGUAAGCUUAGGAAACGUAGCUGGUGGAGUUAGGAACAAAGUUCUUGGUUUAUGGGACGCUAAGGGAAGCAAAUAUGAAGAUGGAUCCGUUGACGACUUUGUAGUUUCUCUGUCAGGAGCACUUGAUGCGACUGUGAAUUUGGUAGGAAAUGCUGUGGGUGGUCUUGGCGCUGCUGUGGGAGGUGCCAUUGACACUGCUGGAAAUGUUGUAUCGAAUGUUGGAGGCGCGAUAGGAAAUUUAGCUGGAAACCUUUUUGGUGGAGCGGUCGAAGGUGUAGCUGGUCUGCUGAAUGGUGGAGCUAAAGCUGCUGCUUACAUCGGCGACACACUGAGAAGUAGAUUUGGAUUUAGAUUUGAUCCUUCCAACACGUUUUUGAAGUUUGAUCUCGGAGAUGCCAUCGGAAGAUCUUGGAAUUCAUGGGGAGAUUUGAAAGGCAAAUUGAAGGGGAAAGUUGGUGGAGGGGCCAGUGCACUUGGGGAAUUGAUCGGGAAAGUAGGAGUGGCAGUUAAACCAAACUUUGACUUCAAUGGAAACAUUGUUGGCUUUGCUUCAAUCAAUUUGGGAGUUGGAUUUGAUGACUUAACAAAACCAGCGUACUUCAAGUUUGGCAACUUCAUCGUUAACUUGGGUGGAUCGACAACGGGAGUUCGCAACAAAAUUAUUGGACUUUGGGACCACAACGGAAUCAAAUUAGAAGGCGCUAUUGACAAGUUUGUAAACUUUUUGACUGGGGCUUUUGAGGCUGCUGGUGAGUUAGCGGCAGAUACAGCAAACAACUUCGGGGCUAUCAUUCAAGGCCUGGGCAAUGCACUCGGCGGAGCUGUCAAUGUCGCUGGAAAUUUAGUUGGUGGAGCGCUGGAUGUGGCUGGAAACAUCGCUGGGAAUGUUGUAUCGAAUGUUGGUGGGGCUCUAGGAAAUCUUGCUGGUGGCAUUGCAGGCUCAUUGGGAAACGCUGCUGAGGCCAAUUGGUCGUUUUGGAACAAUGUUGGAAACGGUCUAAAGUUUGCUACCGGUGGAGUUGCUAAUGCUGUAGGGAAUGUAGCCAACGCUGCUGGAGGGGCUCUAGGCUCGGCUGCUGGAGCAGUUGGUAACGUCGUUGGUGGCGCAGCUAACAUUGCGGCUAAUUUUGCUGAUAGACUGAGGAGUAAGUUUGCUUUUAAGUUUGAUCCGAAAAACACAUUUGGACAGUUUGAUCUAGGCGACGCCCUUGGAAGAUCGUGGAAUUUCUGGAGCAAUUUCAAUGCAAAUAUUAAAGGAAAAGUAGGUGGCGUGGCCAAUGCUAUCGGUGAAAUUAUUGGCAGCGUUGGAGAGGCAGUUAAACCAAACUUUGACGCAUCUGGAAACAUUGCUGGCUUUGUUUCAAUCAAUUUGGGAGCUGGAUUUGAUGACUUCUCGAAACCAGCUUACUUCAAGUUUGGCAACUUCAUCGUUAACUUGGGUGGCUCGACAUCAGGAGUUCGCAACAAAAUUAUUGGACUUUGGGAUGCUAAAGGAAUCAAAUUAGAAGGCGCUAUUGACAAAUUUGUUAACUUUUUGUCUGGGGCGUUUGAGGGUGCUGCAGAAUUAGCAGGAGAGGCUGCUUCAAAUCUUGGUGUUGCUGUUGGAACCCUAGGCAACGCUGUAGGCGGAGCAUUGAACACAGCCGCACAGCUUAUCGGCUCAUUGUUUAAUAAUUUUGAGCUCAAUCUUGAUUACCCAUUCAAAGGGAAAUUUGAUUUUGGCAGCGCACUGAAAACAUCCUGGAACUUCUGGGGUAAUUUGAAAUCAAAACUGAAAGGUAAAGCUGACGUGAGCGCCGUUUGUGAUAUUAUAAGUCAAGCCGGAAUUUUAGUAAAGCCAACUUUUGAUGCGUUUGGGAAUAUCAAUGGCUAUGUUUCAAUCAAUGCUGGAGUGAAGAUCGAUUUCUCAAAGCCUGUAUACUACAAAUUUGGAAACUUGGUUGUCAGCUUAGGAAGUACGUCUGGUGGAGUUUUAAACAAAGUUCUAGGUUUAUGGGACGCUAAAGGAUUUAAGAUUCAAGCCUCCGUGGACGAUUUUGUUGCAUCUCUUAUUGGAGCUUUGGAUGGAGCCUGGGCGUUCGCGAAAGGUGUCUCUGUUAAGCUGGGAGUCUCUCUUGGCGACUUAGCCGCAGGUCUGUCUGGUACUCUAAGGAUUGAUGGAGAAGCUGGCUGGUCGCUGCUGAACAAGCUAAAGGCAGGCGUGGAAGGUGCUGUUGGUAUUGCUGGAGAUAUCGUAGGUGGUGUCGGAAAUGCUGUAGGUCAAGUUGUCGGCGCGACAGGCAAUGCUGUUGGUCAAGUUGUCGGCGCGACAGGAAAUGCUGUAGGUCAAGUUGUCGGCGCGACAGGAAAUGCUGUUGGUCAAGUUGUUGGAGCGACUGGCAAUGCUGUUGGCAACAUUGUAGCUGGCGCAGGGAAUGUUGGGGCUGGUCUUUUUGGCGGAUUGUGGAACACAGUAGGUGGCCUGGCUCACGGUGCUGUAGGGGUCGCAGGUUCAGAAGUGAACACGCUGUUCCCAGAAGGAAGAUAAACAUGUGCUGUUGUAGCAAUCUGCAACCUACUGAUGAAAGUUCUCUGUUAAUUUAACUUUCAGAUAUGCAACUACCAAAAAUGCACUUAAAUUCA